AGUAAGUAUUAGCCAUGAAUUCUGUCUAAUUGUAUUCCAUUUUGGGGAAAAAAAGGGGGAAAUGUUGCACGAGAUUUUACUAGCACUUGUGGGUUACACAGGAGAUCUCAUAAUCGACGAGCGAGAACACAAUAAAUCUCUCGGCAUUUGCUUAUCCCCCGACGCACCCAUCCCUGAUCAACGUUCCUUCAAGCUUGCUUCCGAUAUCUCCUUUAUUGACCCCAGUGAAAGGGAUCUUAUCGAGAAGCUAAUUACUUUAGGGUUUUACUACCGAGAGCUCGACCGCUUUGCCACGAAAUCCCGGAAUUUAAGCUGGAUUAGAUCCGCUGAUGUUUCUCCUUUGAACAGAGCCUCUGAGUUGUCGAAUUCUAAAAACAGGAAGCCAAGCGUUUAUCGAAGAGCCAUUGCUAAUGGUCUGGUGGAGAUGCUCUCUGUCUACAAGUCUACUGUUCUUCAAAUUGAGCAGAAAUUGUUGUCGGAAACCAUGCCCAUUUUGACAAGUGUCGCUCAAGGCCUCAAUAAGUUCUUUGUAAUUUUGCCACCUUUGUACGAGCUUAUCCUAGAGAUUGAGCGUGAUGAUAUCCGCGGAGGACAGCUUCUUAACCUUUUACACAAACGUUGCCACUGUGGGGUGCCUGAAUUGCAGGCCUGCAUUCAAAGGCUUCUUUGGCAUGGUCAUCAAGUGUUGUAUAACCAACUUUCGUCAUGGAUGGUUUAUGGAAUUCUACAAGACCAGCACGGAGAAUUUUUCAUUAGAAGGCAAGAAGAUCAAGAUAUGGAGUAUGGCUCAUCUAUCCCAGAUACAUCAGAAAAGUUGGCACGCUUGUCAACUGAUGAUACAUCUUUGACGGAUUGGCACUUGGGCUUUCAUAUAUUCCUGGAUAUGCUCCCUGAGUAUAUCCAUAUGCGUGUUGCAGAGUCUAUUCUUUUUGCUGGUAAAGCCAUCAGGGUUCUCCGGAACCCAAGCCCUUCCAUUCAAUUUCAGGACACUCUAUACAAUCAGCAGACGAAAAAAGGCUCUCAAAAGCUUCAGGGAUCUGCCGGGGGUGUUCCUUUCCAGAGAGAGCCUUUUCUGGAUGUAAAAAAGAUUGGAGAAGAAUUGCUCCCAAUAUCAGAGGCUGAUAAGAUUGAAACUAUGCUUCUAGAUCUAAAGGAAUCAUCAGAAUUUCACAAAAGAUCAUUUGAAUGCUCAGUUGACUCUAUCCGGGCUAUUGCAGCUAGUCAUCUUUGGCAGCUGGUGGUUGUACGAGCUGACUUGAAUGGCCACCUAAAGGCUCUAAAAGACUAUUUUCUUUUGGCAAAAGGAGAUUUUUUCCAGUGCUUCCUUGAGGAGAGCCGGCAGUUAAUGCGCCUGCCACCACGCCAGUCAACUGCUGAAGCUGAUCUUAUGGUUCCAUUUCAGUUGGCAGCCAUAAAGACUAUUAGCGAGGAAGACAAGUACUUUUCUAGAGUAUCUUUGCAGAUGCCUUCAUUUGGGAUCACGUUGAAAUCUUCUCAAAGAGAUUUGCCGAAGACAAAAGCAUUUGCUGAUGGAAGUUCAGAGACCUCACUUGGUGGUUGGGAUGGUAUUGCACUUGAGUAUUCUGUUGAUUGGCCCUUACAGCUGUUCUUUACCCAAGAAGUGCUCUCCAAGUAUUGUAGAAUUUUCCAAUACCUGCUGAGGCUCAAAAGAACACAAAUGGAAUUGGAGAAAUCCUGGGCAUCUGUAAUGCACCAGGACCACACAGAUUUUGCCAAACACCGCAAUGACCAGAUGAACUGCUCAAUUUCUCAGCUACGGAGACAACGUUUUAGACCAAUGUGGCGUGUUAGAGAGCAUAUGGCAUUUUUAAUCAGAAAUCUUCAAUUUUAUAUCCAGGUUGAUGUGAUAGAAUCUCAAUGGAAUGUUUUGCAAUCUCAUAUUCAAGAUUCUCAUGACUUCACUGAACUUGUGGGUUUCCAUCAAGAGUAUUUAUCAGCUUUAAUCUCUCAGUCUUUCUUGGACAUUGGUUCUGUGUCAAGGAUAUUGGACAGCAUCAUGACACUUUGUCUGCAGUUCUGCUGGAAUAUCGAGAACCAAGAAAGCAGCCAAAAUACAUCAGAACUAGAACAUAUAACUGAGGAAUUUAACAAGAAAUCGAACUCCUUAUAUACCAUAUUGCGCAGUAGCAGGCUUGCUGGGAGUCAGCGAGCUCCAUUUCUCAGACGUUUCCUUUUGCGAAUGAAUUUUAAUUCAUUCUUUGAGGCAACUGCUAGGGGUGUACUGAAUGUUGUUAGACCACGUCCAUCUCUUCCUGUUUUAAGUCAGCCAUAGCAUGCUGAUCAUACGAAAUGUUUGAGCUAGCUUGUCCUGAUUCUUAUUUGAGUUUUCCGAGUUGUGUUGAUGCCUCCUUUUGGUUUUCACUAGAGAAUAGUGCUUUCCUCUACAUAGCUUCCUGAAUUCCUUUUAACCUUAUCAGUCCUGUUACCAGUUGUUUAUAAGGUUUCUGCUUGCUAUACCUGUUGACAAUUGAGGAACCAUCUGUUGAAAUUGAAAAUUGAGAUAAUAUUUCUGUGGGUAGUUGGCUUGAGGUUGAGGGUGCAGUUUGUUGUCCCUAGUGUCAUUAUCAUUAGCGUAUACAGUUUAUCUCUGGGCAGAUAGUCGAUGGCCCUAAAAAUAUUUGUCAGUUGAAUUGAA